CAUGACCACUGGCUAUCACACAUGGUUUGCUGCUUUAAUUUAUGUUUCCCAUGGCAUCUUCCUAAUCACCAUUAAUUUAAUGGGGUCUUGCUUGUGCUCAUGAUUCCAAGCACUACUCUCUCCUUCCAACAUUAAUAUAUAUAUAUAUAUAUAUAUUUUGCACCUUCACUAAUGGAAACUAUACAUGAGUACCCAUUUCUAAGAGCCUCAUGAUAAAAGCAAUGGCUGCCCAUGAGAAGAAAAAGAAAGGAUUCAUCAUGUCCAUUUAUAAGUCUGCCGCCGGAAACCAGUCGACGCCGGUGCCCGAUCCGGCCAUGGUUGAUAAAAAGUCCAUCCAGCGUAGUUGGUUGCUAAGGAAAUCGAAAGCAAGCAAGGGAAUUGAGCAAGGUGGCCAGAGGGUGAUGGAGGGAGGAGGAAUGCUUAGGGGAGAAGUGGUUGAGGCAAGGAAAUCCGUUUCCCAUAUUGAAACGAAUUUGGCAUCUGUUGCAGCAUUUCUUCAAGUGAAGGUUUUGGUCACUGACAUGCCUGAAUUCAUGCAAGUGCAUGCCUUCAAGUGUGCUAGGCGUACUUAUGAUAGCUUGGAGAAGUUUAGCUCUAAGCACAUGGCCUUUAACAUGAAAAAGGAGUUCGAUAAAGUUUAUGGUCCGGCCUGGCAUUGCAUCGUGGGCUCAAGUUUCGGCUCCUUCGUGACCCACUCCACAGGCUGCUUCCUUUAUUUUUCACUUGAAAAACUUUACAUUUUAUUAUUUAAAACGAAGAUCCAGAAAGCAGCUAAUUUGGAUUGAAUUCAUAUAUAUAUAUAU